AGCUAGAUCAGUCUGAGUAUGUUGAAUACUCUGAGCUACUCAGUGUAUUUGUGUCUCUCGUCAAGAUUCCUCCGGCGCAGUUGUUACGGGAAUCAUUCUUUCCUAUUAUCUAAGGGUAUCCCCGCCUUUGUUUGUUGGUUGUAACCGUGAAAAGUGCUUGAAAAUUAACUUCACAGGAUUAACUCUGAAGAAAAUUUUUGCAUUGAUUUUUAAUUUUUUAGUAGUACAAAAAAAUAUUCCGAAGAGCUUAUUAUUUUCGUGACGGCCCAACCUUGGAAAACAGUGACGAAUUAUUGACUCUAUUUACUCUGUUGAUUCUCUGCUUUGUAGUGCCACAGAAAAGCUCACAACCGGAAAAAGAGGCGACAAAAAUACAUUUAAAAAAUAUGCAAAGUUCUGAUGGACAGUUUUUUACUUGAACAUUGAAAUUGAAUUCUUGCAAAAAAAAAUAAAGUGCUGAAGGAUAUUUUGAGACCAUUAUUGCAUGAAAAGAGUGCAAAUUGUGUUCAGACGCAUCUCAUUUCUUUUUUAUUAUUAUCUUCACAUUGAUAUGAGCAACAAGUGCUCUAGUGCUAUCACCAAGUCCAUGCUCUGACAAAGCGAAAGAUUAUCACAAAAGUGGAGCAAAAUGUGAAGAAGAUGUUAGUAACGGAGUACACCACAAUGUCACCCAAUAGUAGUACCCAGGACACACGAAAGGACACCAUAGCGCCAGAUGAUGCUGGUAGUACCAAAAGCCACGACAUCUCUAUCGAAUCCAUCGACGAUGAUGCAUCCAGUAUUGCAUCAGACAGUAGUGAGGAGUACCAAGAGAUGGCAGAGAAGCCCGAACUAGGUGAGCGAGGACGUUCCUAUGCCAUGGGGGCUAUGAAUCAGGUGAAUAGAAUUGGAGCCAAUGGACUACUGGUCAUUGAUGAUCAGCAGCAACUGCAGAAAGCCCCCGAUCGGCCACCCACAAUUGAAACAGUAGCCGUUUCAAACUCUUCUGAUAUCACAUUUGGUAAUAAGACCUUCAUCAAUGGUCCUGUGACUAUUAAACAAUUUAUCAAAGAAGGAGAGCCACGACAACCGCAAGGUCAGGAUAAUCCUGGUUAUGAAGGAAGUAGCCGAUCUAUAAACGUGGACAACACAACGCAGUUUGAGUACAAGAAAAAAUUCCUCGAAUACAGAACGUGGAUUCUUGUGGGUGUGACAUUCAUUUUUGCCCUCAUUGGGUUAAUUAGCCUUAUUAUUUUCUUCACAACAGCAGGAGAGAUGUCAAAAGCAGGUGAUGGAGAUGAUUAUAGGAAAAAUAUUCCAAUCCAAUCCACAAUAGGGGAUGAUUUGCUACCUGCAGGGAACACAACUUUGAGACUUGUUUCACGUAGUGAAUGGAUUGCGCAGCCACCGAGUGAGGAAUUAGUCAACCUCAGCCUACCUGCGCAUCGUGUGAUCAUCGCCCACACAGCUACUGAAGAUUGUGAAACUCAAGCAAGCUGUGUGUAUCGCGUGCGAUUUAUUCAAACUUUCCACUUGGAAUCCCGUGGCUGGGAUGAUAUCGGGUACAACUUCCUUGUGGGUGGCGACGGAUCAGCCUACGAGGGACGUGGCUGGGACAAAGUGGGAGCCCACACAAAGGGUUUCAACGUUGACAGCAUUUGUAUUGCCUUUAUUGGAACUUUCGUAAAGGUAACACCACCUGAAAGGCAACUCCUGGCUGCCAAGAAGCUCAUUGAGUGGGGUGUUCAGCUAGGAAAGCUCAGCAAAGACUACCGUCUCUAUGGGCAUCGUCAGCUCAUUCCUAGCGAAAGCCCCGGAGCUGCCCUGUAUGCCAUUAUCAAGACAUGGCCGCACUACUCCACUGAUCCAUCGUAACGAAUGUGGCCAGAAUUUUCAAAAAGAUUUGUAAAUAAUUUUCAUAUGAAUAUUAAAUUGGUUUUAUUAAUCUAA